CUAAGAGCAUUAAGAAAAUCAAUGGAUGUUUCCAAAGAACAUCAGUACAUGAGCCACCCUCCAUGGACACAGAAGGCGACCUAUGCGGGAAGGGGCACACGUUGCGCGAGGCUCACGAUAUCAGUCUUAAUCUACGAGCCACGAAGAGCACAGAAGCAGCUUUAUGGAGUUGCAAAUUAUUUACACAAGGUCAAACGGAACACUCUUUUCUGUGGCAUCAGGCUAAACAAGACUGAACAUAGGGAGACUAGUAGAACUUAGAAGUUUGGCUUCUCAAGAUUCAAGAAUCCCAAUAGGGCUUUUGAGUUUCAAGUUUCUAUAGUGUCUUUUGCUCCUAUAACUUCUUUUCUUUUUCAUUUUCUUGGGAAACCAACAAAGCAGAAAGAGAGAACACUAAUGAAGCAAUGAUUAAGGA